AAAAGUCGGAUGCAUAUAAAUAUUUUCGUCAAACCUCAAAAGAGAAAGGUACAUAGUAAAAAUAAUAUGAUACAAGGACGUACAUGCUUCUAUGCAGAUCUAUGGAAAAAUAGGCUGCUCUGUGGAGACGUAGAUAGACUUAGAAGUCAUGAUUAUUCUUUCGUAUAUCAGACAUUGUUUUUUGGGCCAUUCACAGUACAAACUGGUGAUAACACACUCUGCUGAGUCGAACAUCCAAGUAGUCCUAUUUUUUAAGACAAAAUAGGCAAAUCAACGUGCUUGGACAAAGGUAGCUAAAACCAAAUUUUCAUUAAAAUAUAGCAGUUAUCCACACAUCAUUGUUGUGAGAUCAUCUACAUUGUAAAAUCUCAUAUCAUGGUUGUGAGAUCAUCUACAUUGUAAAAUCUCAUAGGUAUGACACACAAUUUCCAUACGUUUACGAACACACUAAGCCAAGCGUUUAAUAAUUUGGUGGGACAGUGCUACUUUGCUGUCACUUUAGCACCGCUGGAUUCGACAAUAUACAAAUAGAACAAUGCUUUUGUUAUGAGAUUUGCAAUUCAUUAUAUCAAAGUUUACUAACUAAAUCUGUCCCAGUUUAUUUCUCCCUUAUAAAAAAAAAAGAGUGCCUAACCAAUAUAAGAACGAGUUGCUCAAAUCUAGCUUUUUUACAUUACAUUUAUAUUCCUUGAUCCUACAUUUGGUAGAUGAUUCUCAAAAAAGACAGAUCUCAUUUUACAUUAAAUUCAAAUAUCGGCCCUAUCCGAAUAUAUUGUUCUGUCGACUUUGUUUCGUUGUCGUCUUUCCACCGUUAAAUUGAGCGCCCGCCGGCGCGACCCACAACGGUUCCGUCAGCCGUGACAUCGGAAGUCGAGAGUCAGGAGCGGCGCAGCUGCUGCGUCCUGCGCUCCAGCGCUGCUUUUCCGCCAAAAGCUCGGAACCGAGUGAGCACCUGAGCUAAACACAGUGGGCACAAGUCGGGCCUGUCAGAGGAGCGGCGGCCAUUGUUGGUAUGCUGUUCGAGGCAUACUCGUCCUAGUGGUGUUACUUACUUCGCCGCGGCCGUUGAUCGCUCCCCGGGAGGGCAGCGUGUGUGGCUCCCGUACCCGAUCGAGGCUACCGGUAUCAUGGCCCAGGCAUCCGAGACGAACUUCAAGGUACGAUCAUGCGACGAUACUGACAUCUGUGUAUUGUAACGAACGGCGGUUGUGGAAGGCGGCGGCUGCGGGAAGAGGAGACCGCGGUAAAGCGCUGAAUGCGCGGGCCCGGCAUCAGUUCGUGAGCAACUCCUACUGCGACGUGCCGCGUCUUCUCCGGAGCUCACUGCCAGUCAGCGAACAGAUAAUCUACCGAAUGAAACGGCUGACCCGUGUUUGGUUACAGUGCAUUUUUCCGACAGUCAAGCGGUACCGCCAUAAGCUUCCAGCGGUGCGAUACGACACAGUAUAUAUGUGGUUCUUGUUGCAGUUCACUCUCCCUCCCUGUGUCUAUCCAUGUCUGUGGUGCUCAAAAGUUCCUGCCUGCUUCUAUCACCAUUCCAUUAUCUGUUCGGUCCUUAGCCCGCAGUGGGCAAAGCCGCCGGAACCGGGGGGAUUUCUCGCUGCAGGUGGACGCGUGGGUCGCUGUCGGCGGCCGGCAAAGAUCGCAGAUCGGACCCGGCCUCCACGCGCGCGCGGGUACCCCCGUAAAGUAGACACAACAGCCGUUUGUCGUCCAGUCAUGAUGAUAACAACGUUUGUUUACAUGAACAGUAAGCAGUGGAAAGAGAUGAUGCUCGCUGGCUGCUUACACUGGUUGUGUGAGACGAUAUGAUAGGUGUGGAUAUAUAAUCCCAAAUACUACCAGGAGUACGAGCAGUAUAGGAUUUGGCUGAUGUGCGGGGAGAUGGGAAGUGUCAUGGGGUACUGUGAUUCAUUGUGCGACAAGUAUACACACUCAAAAGCAGCUGCAGCGUUCUUAUAUACAAAUAUAUAGAUCUAUAUUAACUUCUCUACAUACAUAAACGUUGUAGAUUUCCAAGCAAUUUAGUGCGCUAGUGGUGCAUGUGUUCUUAUAGAAGAUGAAGCCGUGGACCGAUACAGGGGAGGUUGGUCGAUGGAACAUGAGGUAGCGCAUUCGACUCUGCUUAGGGCAAAGGGAAAAAACGAAAAAGAGUGAGAGUCGUCAGCUAAGGAAGCAAUGGAGGAGGGCCAUCGUUCCGUGGAGAAACUGGUGCAAUGCAUCGCCAGCCGCAGCUGGGCAUGGCCGAACACGCAAAUGCUGUUGAGGCGGGGUCGUUGGUAUUUGCCAAACUUAAGAACUUUCCGUACUGGCCAGCGAGGGUCGAGAGUAAAGUGGAAGGCACCUAUUAUGUCUACUUCUUCGGCACACACGAAACGACAGCUUUGAACGUGAGCAAUCUGCGGCCAUUCAAUGACGAAACAAAAAAGAAAUAUGGACAUGUUAAACGAAAGUUCUUCGCCGAAGCCAUGGAUACGAUCCAGAAUAACCCCAACUAUAAAGCGGACUGUGUGUUCAACAUUCCGGCAGCCACAACAAAGAAGACACCCACGUCUAAGUCGCAUACACAACGUAAACGAAAGCUUCCGGAAUCGUUACCUCCGCUACCACCAAAGGCACCCCGUGAUCCACCUAAGAGAAGAUCUCCACCGCCCGAGGGUGUGGACACUUCAUCAAAGCGUAAACGGAAGGAGCCGAAGAUCAGGGACAGGGAUGACCGUUCAGAUAAGUCGGACUCUUCUGAUAAGCUUGAUAGACAUCGAGGAGAUCGCGAUUCAAGAGGUUCUGAUAACGCAACUGGUGGGGGCGGAUUAAAAGGAUUAAAAUCGGAGCUUAAACAUGAAGCAAAAGAGGUCCCUCUUGAGGCACAAGAUGAGUCAACGGAUCCGAGGAAACUAGCUGCUGAACGAUCAAUGCCGGUUGUCUACGAAUACCUGAAUAGUGAACGGUCUCCUGCAGAAAUGGGACGCUUACCGCUUAUUAAGCGACGGGAACCACCUCGAGACGUGCCACCGUUAUCAACCGAACCCAGUGGGGCAUUGCCUUUGCUGAAACCGUUCGGAAUCGACCGAGAUAAAGAUAGCAAAGGCCGUGGUGACAAAUCCGAGCACUCCGAAUCUCGAGAGCUUGAAUCAUUUUCAUCGCCCAUCAAAAAACGCAAACUUUCCCCACCAAAAAAGGCGCCCGAACGAUACCUCGAACCACCUGCACCUCAAAGGCGGAAUAGCGCGAGCCAACGCAAGGAGACCACUACUUCCGAAUCAAGGUCUGCUGAUGAUUCGGCUUCAGAGGCCCCAAGCCCUGCGGAGGCUGAGCCUCGUCCCGCUAAGGUCGGUGCUGGCGGUCGUUCGACAGGUUCACAAGGCGCAGGGAAGCGUGGUUCGACACAAGCGGAAUUCGAGCCCCGUCAAAUGGUGUUCGCCAAGGUGAAAGGCUACCCGUUCUGGCCCGCACGGGUUGACUCCGUCGUGGCGGGCACCAAACCAACUCGCUAUCAAAUUUUCUUCUUUGGCACACACGAACAGGCCAAGCUGACUGCAAAGGACCUGCUACCAGUAAACGCAGAGACGAAAGAGAAGCACGGCAAGCCGAACAAGCGCAGCAAGUUCAGCGAUGGCCUAAUUGAAAUGCAGUGUAAUCCAUGGGUGAAUUUCCCUGGUGGUGCGCCUACAUUAGGUAGCGGUUCGCUUGGGGCAGCUUCCAUCGGGGGCAGUGCUGCGGUUCCUUCACUAGGCAGCAGCGUGCUUGGUGGAGUAGGUUCACAGCCUAGCGCCUCCGUCAGUGCCUCGACGUUAGCCGGCACAGCUCCUGGAGGACUCGGGUCAGGGACCCCUGUAGCCCCUAUUAUUCCUCCGGUAACCCUGGUGCCUCAGCUGAAUGUCCAGCAAACCUCGCCCCAGUCGCCGCAGGGCUCGUCACAGAAGACAGGCUCGGACAAGGACGACUCGGAAUCGUUCUCGGAUUCAUCUGAUAGCGCCUAGGGAGCGUGUCCGGGUCGCUUCUUGUGGGAUGAACUGCGGGCGGUGCGGACGAGCGGCUCUGGUACCAGAUGGUCACUGCUUGCUAUCACUCCAUCAUCAACUACCGAAGGCCGUCGAUGGUCAAUUUUCCAUCCUGCGAAACAGUCAUUAGUAAAAUUAUCAGUAAAGAAACAGAUGAGCCAAGCAAAGCUAAUAAUCAAUCCAACUGAGAAAAUGAAUACAUCAUGGCCACUGAUAAUAUAUAAUAUACGCUCACUAUACCGAAAAUGAUAUAAUAGUUUUUUUGUCGACUAACGUUGUGUAUUCACCACUGCCUAGUCGACUAAUCAUUGGUUAAAUACGCCGUUGGUAGCAGCGGACAGAGGAAAGGUUGUCUUUGACGGCUAACAAUCAAUCAACCAACCAACCAACCAUCGAUAAUUAAGUGACUGACCUGAUCGUUUUGUUUGAUUGGUUGUUAAGUCUGAGGAAGUUAUAGUAUUAUAGUAGUUUAACAACUAAUUACCUUUCCGUGUUCCCUCAGCUACAGAAGAUGAUUGCGUCCGGUUCAUAAGUGGGUUACUAGUCCGUCUGCUUUUUUUUGUUGUUUUCCAACGUUUGCGCUCGGUAAAAUACGUUAGCGUACAGGUUGAUAUUAUUGACGUGUACUGUUAACCCACUUUGCUUCCGGUCGAUUAAGCGAUUGUUCCGUGUUCAGACUGUUCGCAGUUGCAGUUCAAACAGACACUGCAGACCGUAUAUACAAAACCCAUCUUACGCUGUACACGGCCUAGCCCACAAAUGCAUUCUGGGCAGCUGGUGUUAUAAAUUGUUCUACUGUUUACCUUUCCUCAUGUAAGCCUAACCCGUAGAGUCGAGCGGCGGCGGCGGCGGCAACAACAACAAGAAAAUGCCGCCCAAACCUUGCGGUUGUUACAAUGACUCUCAUGAACGCUUUCAACACGUUUCACCCUGCCUUUUCCUGCGUUUAGCCUAGGCUUUAAUAGUAAGUGCUGUAUCUAGCAGACGAUUGUGAUGCUGGGCCCCGCGGUGAUGGCCAACGAUCUGGCUACUUUUUUUUAUGAUAUGAGUAAUCCCAGCAGCAGCCGCCUCUUGCGAUCGACCAGAUUGUCGUCGUCAAGGUGACACUAUCAACAGCAGCAACAAUAAACGAGAUAGCUUAUUUACCUUUAUAGCAUCACAUAUUAUUAUAUAUACAUAUGUCUGUACAGUGAAGUCGUCGUGGCGACGGACCCGAUCACCACGCAUUCGAAAGGUGUCACACAUCGGACGAUGAAUGAAAACAAUGUAACCAUAGCAACAUCAGUGUAUAUUUGAUCGGCCAACGGCGCACAACAGCACAGCCGUAAACAGCAGCGGAAACAAUACAAUAACAACGAUUGCGCAAAAGUGACCGAAAAACGAUCCAAAAUGUACAUUAGUAGGUGAGGUAUAUUGCCAUUAAAGGACAGUGCUGCUUCCUGCCAUGCAAACACGGAGAGUCGCGUCUUGCAUCUACAAAUGAGUGGGGAGAGAAGUAGAUAGCUUUGAAGGGCUCGGCCGGGGAGCGGGGACUUCUUGCAAGUGGCUAACGAAAUGGGGGGACAAAAGUAGACAACACAUUAUGAUUAUGUAGGCACCGAAUCGAGCCCUAACUGUCGUAGGGGGUAAGCGGUAGAAGUGGGGGAAGAUGGCAAAAAUGAAAAACUAAAAUUGCGUGAAUAGUAAUGCUACUAUUACGAAUAUUACAACUGUUGCUGGAAAUUCCAAGGAACAAAUCUUACUAUUUUUGUUCUACUCCCCCCACUUCCUGAUCGGAAUAACAAGACUCCGAAGCUGAUUGCUACGGUUUAUUACUACGAACGUUGCUGGCAUAUGCUCCAUAACAAUGGAUAAUAUGCCGUUAUUGUCUCAUAUAUAUAUAUAUACAUACACGCAUGGAUUGACAAGAGCGAAGCAAAGUGUGGGUAAUGAAUGGAUCAGGCCUAUAGAUGAUCAUUGCUGUGUAUGAUGAGAUGGUAUUGAUAUAUUGGUUAGAAAGCGCGAAUGAAAUACAGACACACAAGUAGAGACCGAUGCUAGAACUAUGAACUAAUCGCGUAUAUACCAACCAUAAGGCGAAAACAAUAGAGACUAUACGUAAAUUUCCCUUGAGUUUUGAAACGUUGAGACGACCGGCAAGCGACAAGUUCGUCCCACUGUAGUCAUUCUUAAUGUCUGUGUACAGCCGCCAUAUUGGACGCCAUUAUUGCGGGGUCGCGUGGUUCAAGCGAAACCAAAUUUUGAUCAGAAGUAACAAAGCAAUUAUAGAGAACACCGCAAAUUGCUAUAAGGCACCGAUUUUCUGAACCGGCAAAAUGCAAAGCAACUGACUUCUCUUUGUAUAGAGGUACACACCUCACGACCCACAGACAUAUGACAAUAAAAAAGCUUAUAAAAAUUCGGUGACAAUAUGAAUGAGGAAGACAUGCAAUCUUCGCUUAGCGAUGACGGUGUUGGCGAUCACAGAAACGACUCCUGCCUUGACGACAACUGAAAGAACCUUAUUAUGUAAUUACCAGGACCGGACAAGAACACGCGUAGAAAAGAUAGCAAGUCAAACGAAGUUUCAGCGACACAAAUAAUAUAACCCAUAUGGCUACCAUAACAGUAAUAAACGAAGCGACCCCUAUUGCAAUACAGGAACUCGAAAAGUGAGACCUUAUACAGCGAACAGCAAUGAGAUCGCUGAUUGUACGUAAGCUCAAUUUACUUAGGGAGUAGCCACGGUCGAAGAAAGACAGCGGGAAUGCAAAAUGUCGGACCCUUUCAACCGUUCAGCUGUUGUCGAUUUCUAAAAAAUCUAUUAUGUUUAAAGCAGAGUGUAGAAGGCAGACAGACAAACAAAAUGAGCUGGGGUAGUUUUACAAAUGGGUUUCGAGCUGCUCCCGUCAUGUUGCCAACGCUGUCGAUCAUGCAAAUGGACAAGCACGAAUCAUACCCGUCAAAUUCACGAAUUGAUUUCGCUCUAUGAAUAAUAAUGAUCCAUGUUUAAUGUAAAUUAUGGCCGAAUGCCUGUCUCUUGUUAGAAGCACUUACGUGGGACGCAAAGGAGGGGAAGAGGGUGAGCCCUUGUUUUUCAAUGGAUAGGCUGCGCAGGGUUAACGCGCCAUCAAAUGCAAACAAGAUCGACACGACUAUCGUCAUCAAAGGAUAACGGUUGCUAAAAACUACAUUGCUAUCUGGACAUAUUCGGACAGAUCAACAGACACAGACAUACAUGAAUACAAUUUAAUUACAUAAACAUGAACGAGUACAUAUGUAUAGACGCGCAUCCAUGCAAAACGAUAACCAGAUAUUUAUACGAUGAGCACCUAAAACAAAUGACACGUUGGGGAGACGCGUAAAAAUUUCAUUUGACUGAUGUUCCUCAUGUAACCCCUCAUGUAAGCCCUGAUCUUUCGAAUAAAGAGGUCGUUUCGAUCGGUGUAUCAAAUGAAACGCGACUGUACAGCUGUUACCGUUGGCGCACUAAUAAACAGUGCGUUACAACAUCGACUACUACAAUGUAGAUGAGAAGAAAAUAAGGGUAGCAACCUUCAACGACGGCAAUUAUAGCCUGCUUCUACUUGCUUUGUGAGAAUAGGGAGGAUUGAGGAUUGUAUGAAAAGUAAUUCUCAUAUAUUGAGUGUAUCUGAAAAGACAAAACCAAUUCAAUGGUAUCGGGAGUGAUCACUGUAAUUAGAUGCCCAAAACAUACACACAGGAGACCCAUCAGGAAAACAGUACUCAGCCCUACAUUUGACAUGGAUUUAGCUUUUGUAGGGGCAAUAGUUGGCAUGGCCCUUGUAGAGACGCCCUAUAGCAACGACAACAAAAACAGAUCGACAACAGGAGUAAAUAUCAAUGAAUUGUUGUUAAGUCUGCUGCUGGCGCGGCCGUAAGCUUAGUUCGAAUGUGGGCUGUCCCAUGAAAUCGCAUUGUGUUCAUUUGAAAACAGCAGUUUAGUAAACGAUACAACAAAACGCUCUUAUGGUUAGGUAAAGACGUCAUUGACAUCAGCAACUACCAAACAACAGCAUCCAGCGAUUGUAAAGUUACGUACUACUGUGGGAUACCUUGUACUAUAAACAGUAAGGACAAAGAGAGGAAGAAAGCGAACCAUAUACAUACGACAACUAAACAAAAAAGGACCUACAACACGAGAUUAAGACGAAAUAAAUAAGCUAUAGGUCGUACUACUAAUCUGUAAAAGGU